GGGAACGGACUUCCGUCUGGUUGGCACUCCUUAGACAAUCCCCAGUAGAGUCAAGGUUGUGGUCCCUGGAGACGACCAAGGGUCUGAAGGCGAGAAGAGAUAACAUUAUUUUAUUUGCACUUUAAUCAUUCCCAGAACUGCUAACUUUAAUAUUUUUGUACUUUGCACUUACCUAUGCUAAGCGAUCUCUUUGUAGUCCUGCCAGGACACACUCAAGGUCUGUCAUCAUUCUACUUACCGUCGUCCCAAGGUUCGAGGUCCAGCAUCCGGGUCCGGAGAUACUUACCAGUCAGCGCGGAGGGUCGUGCCACGUCGGGGUUCCAGGAACGGCAGCGAGAGAGAAAGGAGACACGCAGGGUUUAAAGAACCCCUGGGUAGAGGUAGUAAUUCUACUUACCUGAGUGUACGUUUCCUGACAGCCAUUUUCUUUGCCCUGCUCCUUUCCAGGUUCAUCGAAGGUGUUGGCAGGUUGGAGGUCCGGGCAGUGGGCGUGGUGAGGUCCACGGCGGGUUCGGGCUGCGAGGGAAGCGGACGCCGGGGAGAGGGGUCUCUUGGGGACCCCCUGGAGCUAUCGGAGACUGAUUCCUCCUUUUUGGCUUAUCCGCUAUUUUGGACAGGGAUAUAAUAAAUUAAAUUUUAUAUAUAUAUAAACACACAAAAACUUAGUUAUUUUCCUUCAAUCGGUUCACUGUUAGUUACAGUUUAUACUAUUUUGUCUUAUUUUCUUGCUUUUUCAAAUAUAUCAUUCUAAUAGCUAUAUUAUUUCAGUCUUUCUAGAAUAUUUACUUGUAACUCAAGGGCUAAUUUUAGAUCAAGUCUUAAUACUUAAUCCAAAUAAGAUACAUGACUGAUAAUCCAUUUAAACUAUAUGAAAUAUACAUGCAUGGGGACAACCCAUGCUUUCAAUUCUCUUUACAUCCCGUGGGUCUACAUUCAAGUGUGAAAAUGACAUCCCUUCAGGACUAUUGCAUUCACAGAAUUCGGCAGUGUCUGACUAAGUGACUACAGGCUGGGCAAGGUUUGGACCUGGUCAGUGGUGAUCCACCUCUGCACUUGUCACAUCCACACAUUAGAAAAUGAUCUGCUCAGAGUCGGCUCUGUAUUUUUCAUAUCACUUGGUUUCCAACCUUUUUUCUCUUGCACGUCAGUGGGCAGACUCAUUGUAACUGAAUCUGGGUCCAUUAAAGAACCUCUCACCCUAGCAACUGAGAGCUGCCAUGCAAAGGGUUCUAAUGAUUUAUAGCACAAAAGGGACACGCCAAGACAGUAUGCCCCGUUCUCAAUUUAUGUAGUCAUUUUUUUUUUUUUUUGCUAUGAUCACCCGUUCUGAAUUCAUAGGCUUUGGCACACAAAAUAACAUUUUUUUUUUUUACGCUUAUUAUUCAAGCACCAGAAAGCUGGCACUCCCCCAUGUCGUACGCUAUGGGUUUUCACCGCUGUAUCCCAUAAACCCAUGCAUGCAUCUUUUGGCCUAUUAGGAAAAUCAGUGACUUGACGUCAUGUUUCUGCCUAAAAGGCUCCAAUAUGUCAGCUCCUUCAAGUGUUACUUGACCCAAAAAUUUGACAAAGACAUUGAAAACAUCGCUAAACACACGACUUGUUGACCAAAUCGGUGCAACAAGAAGCAUUUAUUGGAUAUGCGGAGCACUUGAGAGCUUUGUUAUUUUUGGGUACAGGUAACCUUUAAUUUGCCAUAUAGUGUCAAAAUACAUACAGGGCAAUUAAGAUGUAAACCGGAAUUUUAUGUUGCUAUAAAUUUUUUUUUUUUGUUAUCUCUUAUUUGCCAUUUAUCUGUCCAAGCAUAUUUCCAACAGGCAUUAUUGAACUGUAUUUAUCAGUUUAAUAACUUUCCAUGGGUGGAUUAGCCUUGAGAGCAACCCAUGCACAUCAAUAAAACACAGAAACCCAAUACAUAACUGUCUUAUUUGCAUAAGUUGUGAUGGUUGUUCUAAACUGCUGAACAUCAUAAAUCAUUAUCAUAUAAUGACAAUCACAAAUCUAAAAGCAGCCAACAAAGUCAGCUUCUGUGAGAGUCUUUACAACAUUAAGUUUGUUAUGUAAUAUACCAAAAUAUAUCAUAUGGUUAACGUCUGUAAUCAAAUUCCUGUCCGUUUAAAAAAAAAAAAAAAGAAAAUGUCAUAUUUUCAGUUUGCCAAAUACCGUUAUUUACCGCUACUAUGGGCUCCGUUCGGAAUGUUGUUUUCAAGUCUGUUUUUCAAAGUCUGAGUAAAAUCAAGUUUGACAUUUACAAAACUGUUCUUUACUGUUGUUAAUGAAACCACCAAAACGUUUUGUGAAUAGAGAGCCCUGUGCUUCUAAUUAGCAGAAGCACACUAUACAUGUUUACUGAAAAUUGACUUUUGCUACUCAACCUUGGUGCCACUUUCUGUUCUAAUACAAUCUGAAGCAGGACCUGUAGAGGGAAAAGACUAGUCAUAGUUAUGUAACCCUUUGCAGUGCUGUGGUUUUCCCAUGUUGAUGCUUGACUGUAACUUCUCUGGUCUUUGUUAAUCCGCCUCUACUAAUAGCCCCUACUUCAACCAGGGGUGCAAAUUUGGCAUUGUGGCACUAGAUUCUAGCCCCAGGGUACCUCAUAAUUAAAUAUUAAGGUUGCAUAAUCCAUUAAUCCAUAAAUAAACACAGCGCCCCAAGAACAUUCAUCAACUAUUCUUUUUGUGUAAGUGCAAUGUAUGGACAUACAUUUUGUAUAAAUCUAAACUUAACAGCUACAUUCAGGGAAUUUAUUAAUUGGGAUGCAAUUCUUCUUACACAUUUUCCAUUGGUAUUUGUUUUCAUUGAUGUUGUUAUAAUAAUAGAUUUAUCCUUGCCAUAAAACUAUAUCUCUGUUUUUAUUAUCUUUAUUACAGUGCAUUUAAGAUUUAUUUUGUUACAACUUUAUCUUGUUUAAUCUGAUGAUACUCCGCUUCACAGCUGGUGGUUCAAGACAAACAGAAUUUAUGUUUUCUACAUUCAACAUAAAGAAAGAUAAGCAGUGCUAUGUUUUCAUGUGUGUCCAUGGUACCAGAAUUACAUUUACACCAACCUUCACUUUUUCUAGGUGUGUUUCCAUCAAUAAAAGGAAUAAAACAGUCAAAGUACAGGGGGGAGGUAGUUGAUCAUUAACUUUUGAACCCUUAUCAGAUUUUUCUAUGUAUAAAUUCUGUAAAUCUAACAGUUGCUUCAAUUUACCUGCCUGCUCCAUAUUCACCAAAUUUCAAGAGUAUCAGAGACAUAAACAAUGUAUUGGAACAUAAGGAGCACCUGCAUUUUGAUUUUCUUAUUUCCAUUGCUGCAGAGCAGUAAAGUGAGAUAUGAUGGUGUCCAAGACUGGUUGGAGUCACAGACUUACCAGCACAAUUACCAUCAGAGGACCUUAAAGGACUAUGACUAUACCAAGUAUCACAAAGUUGAUGAGAUCUCCAGGUGGAUGAAUCUGGUGACUGAACAAUACAAGGAUGUGGUGACGCAACAUGUACUGGGGAUGACUUAUGAGAAUCAAACUAUUAACUACCUAAAGAUUGGGGAAAAAUCUGGCAAGUCCAAGAAGGUGAUCUGGAUGGAUUGUGGGAUCCACGCCAGGGAAUGGAUUUCUCCUGCCUUUUGCCAGUGGUUUGUGAAAGAGCUGCUAGAAAAUUACAAAACAGAUGAAAAGAUAGGUCGUUUUUUCCAAAACAUGGACUUCUACGUUGUUCCUUUACUGAACAUGGACGGGUAUAAUUACACGUGGACGGAAAAUCGUCUGUGGAGGAAAUCAAGGUCCCCCUCACCAGUUUCUAAUUGCUCAUGUUUUGGGACAGAUCUGAACAGGAAUUUUGAUGCUUCAUGGAAUAGUAUUGGUGCCUCCCAGAACUGUUGUUCGGAAAUAUUCUGUGGUUCUAAAGCAGAAUCUGAAAGUGAGGUUAAAGCAGUGGUGGAUCUGGUGGGCAGAAUAAAGAACGAUAUCCUUUGUUUCCUCACCAUUCACUCGUAUGGGCAGCUGAUUCUAAUGCCCUAUGGUCACCCAAACAAGACAGCCCCGAACCAUGAUGAACACUUGAAACUCGGACAAAAUGCUGCAAAUGCUAUCAAACAGAAGCAUGGAACUUCAUAUAGAGUGGGUCCACCGUCCCAGAUUUUGUAUCCUAAUUCUGGGUCGUCUCGAGAUUGGGCUCGGGAUAUUGGAAUUGAAUUUUCCUAUACGUUUGAGCUGAGAGACAAUGGCACCUAUGGAUUUGUACUGCCUGAGGAUCAGAUCCAGCCCACGUGUGAGGAGGCCAUGGCUGGUGUGACCACAAUCGUAGAAUACGUCCACAACAAGCACUUUGGCAGUGCAGCUGCAGCCACCGUAGCUCUGUGGUCAACAGUACUGGCAUCGUAUUUGUCCCUGUUAGUGUUAGUGCAAUAGUCACUCAAGGCAGGUGCUUUUAAAGUUUGUUUCUUACAUGAAGGAGCAACUGUAACCUAGUCCUUCCUACUUAAUCAUACUGAAUUAUCUGUUCUGGAUCAUAAUAGAUUAGCAGGUGUAUCUUUAAAAGUAAAAUGUACUCCUUAAAGGUUCUGUGUGUGAUCUCCCCACUCCACUCCCAGGAUACACACGCAAAGAUUUUGUCUUCUAUGUUUCUUUUUGUAAAAUACAUUUUUAAUAAAACCUAUUAAAUAAAAUCCAUCUGUAUUUGU